UUUUGGCGUCAGAAGCCGGUUUAAAUUGUUUUGAAUUAGAUACACAUAUCAAGAACGACAUUUUACAGUAUUUGAUUGUCGUUGUUCACUUGAGAUCUGCACUAUGGAGAAACUGAUUGGGAUUCUUAUCUUCAUUCGACUGGUAUCCAUCUUGCUGCCACAGAUCAGCUACAUGUACCCGGAUGAGUUCUUCCAGUCCACGGAAAUAGUGGCAGGCGACGUGCUGGAUGUACGUGUUGAGAGACCGUGGGAGUUCAACUCGCAGACCCCGAUACGCAGCGUGGUCUUCCCGUUCCUGAUCGCGGGGCCCCCGUUGUACCUGCUCCGGUGGCUGGCGAGUGUGAACAUACCGCUCGUUACGCCGUACUUUGUGCUGGUGCUGCCCCGCUUCGUGAUGGCGCUCGUCUCUCUCAUCAUCGACGUGGCCGUCUUCAAGCUGUGUCAGACACACAGGAUCAAUGCUCGCUUCGGCGUGCUGCUGUACGCAACGUCGUACGUCACGUUCACCUACUUCACGCGCACGUUUUCCAACACCGUGGAGGCAGUCUUGUUUGCUGUCUUGCUUUUGUUAACACGACCAGACGUCACAUCAAGGUUUACUUCAAGAAGGGGCAGAUCGGAGCUGUGGAAACCAUUGGCUAUUGGGGCGGUCGUCUCAGCGGGAAUAUUUAACCGACCGACUUUUGUGGCCUUUGCUUUCGUUCCUCUGUUCUUUUGGGCUUGGGACAAGUAUAAAAGUGGAAGCUUUAGAGAACUCUUAAAAAUAAGCCUCCUGCCUUUUGUAAGUGCCUGCGUGACCGGGUUGGUUUUUAUGUUGCUAGACACAUACUACUACUCCCCUAAAGUUGUCACCGGGUUUGUCACGGACUUCAAGCACUGCAUGUUCAGCAACAGUAAGGUGAACUGUCUUAGAGAUGUGGGAGGUAGGUUUAAAUUGACGCCGUUGAAUUUCUUCGACUACAACCGAAACCCAGACAACCUGUCUGAGCACGGCACACAUCCGCGCUACCUGAACAUCCUGGUGAAUCUCCCGCUGCUGUUCGGACCGCUGGUCGUGUUCCUGUACUGGCGCAUUGUGAAGAACGUUGCCAACGUCGUCUCUGGCGGAUUCGUGCAGCUGCAGGACAAGUUCCUCCUCAACGAUUUCCGACUGGUCAGUGUGAUCGUGUUCCCACUCGUCGUUCUGUCGCUGUUCCCGCACCAGGAGCCUCGCUUCCUCACCCCUCUGAUCCCCGCGGGUGUCGUCCUCACCUGCCGCUUCUUCAAGUUCCUGAAAUUCGAAAGCGUCGAGCCGCCGAUUAAGAUCGAGACGCUGGAGCCGUCGAAGGUGAAGAACUUCACGCUGGGUCUGUGGGUCGUCUUCAACGUCCUCUUCACCAUCCUCUUCGGCUUCCUGCACCAGGGACAGCUCGUGCCGGCUCUGAUGGACAUGCAGAGCCACCUGGCGAGGGCUCCGAAAACUGGCACAAAUAACCACCUGCUUUUCUUCCACACUUACACGCCACCACGACAUUUUCUCCUGCAGCAACGGGCCGCCGAGGAGCAUGUGUUCAUUCACGACCUAGCCGGAAAGUCCGUGGCCAAGCUGAAGAAGCUGGUUGAGGAGCUGCAUGUUAGUUACGUCAAGGGGAAAGACCGGCCCGCCAAGAUCUGGAUCAUCGCGCCAUCGUCUCUUGAUGUGGAGCAGGACUUUCUGAAAUACAAGCUGGACGUGACGAGCAUGUGCUGGCACCUGUCCAUGGAAGACCCGCCCCGCAUCGGGAGGUGGUGGAGAGGCAAGAUGACUCUCACGGAUCUCCUAUCAGACAUGUGUCUGGAUGUCAUUCAGUUCAAGAAAGCUUAGAAUUAUUGUUGCAGCCACGGGUUAUCUUUGAAUUAAAAAAACCAGCCUCAGAAUUCUAAUAGCCACAUGUGUCUGGAUGUCAUUCAGUUCAAGAAAGCUUAGAAUUCUUACAACCACAGGUUUUUUUUUAGUAAAAAAAAAAGCCUCAGAAUGAUUAAAGCCACAUGUGUCUGUCAUUCAGUUCAUGAAAGCUUACAAUUCUUACAGCCACGACUUUUCUUUGAAUUAAAAAACAACCACAUGUGUCUUUUCUUGAGUUCAAGAAAGCUUGGAAGUAUUACAGCCACAUGUUUUCAUGAGUUCAAAAAACUUAGAACUGUUACAGCCAUAUUUUUUGGGUGUAAGAAAGCUUAGAACUGUUACAGCCGUAUUUUUUGAGUGCAAGAAAGCUUAGAAUUGUUACAGCCAUAUUUUUUCAGUGCAAGAAAGCUUAGAAUUGUUACAACCAUAUUUUUUCAGUGCAAGAAAGCUUAGAAUUGUUACAGCCAUAUUUUUUCAGUGCAAGAAAGCUUAGAAUUGUUAUGGCCACAUGUUAUGUAUUAAAUCAAAGAGAAAAAAAUCAUUGUGGCUCUGUUUAGUGACAUUGGUAUUUGAUUUUAAAGCAAGGCUGAUGCUACAAGCACCGAGUUAAAGAAAGGGUGUACUUGUGGACACGUCUACUGUCUGAACAAAUAUAUAGAGAAUAACUAGUUAAUGAUGUAGGGUAUCAGUUUUAUCCUCCUGAAGGGAAGAAUGGGAAUUUCCCAUUUGGUUUGAGGGGAAAAACCAUUAUUUCUGUUAAUAUUUCGGCUACAUUGUAUGAUGGCCUAGAGGUCAAAUGAGCAACUUUGUAAUGUAGCUUUAUAUGUGACAUCUAAAGUCAUAAUCUGCUAAAAUACAGUUAUGAAUUUGCUUUAAUCGGUGAUCCUAUUUGGCCAAUAGAAACGGUGGUUGCAGGAUAAACAUUUCUUGUAACGUAUGUGUGUUUAAGAUUAACAGAAACCUGUUUUAACAUUGUCUACAGAUUGGAUGGUUUGGAUAACGUUUAUCAUGAUGUGGCCGAAACAUGUUUUCUACCUCCUUCCAUUUCUGGUGUUAUUUACAUGAAGAAUUUCAUUUGUCUGUGCACAAAGGUAUAGGGUAAGGUAAAAAUAUCACUAGCAAACGUUAUCAUCAUCAUCAUCAGCCGGAAAGUAUACAAAGCAUUUUCACUGCCAUUUAUAAUACCACUGUGUUGGUGCUUGGGUGUCAUAAAGGCAGCUAUUUUGUUUUACUAUAUAUGUAUGUUGAUUAUUUUAAUACCAUGACCUUCAUGUCAGUGUGGUAAACACCCAUUGUAAGGGAGAUAAUCUUAUCUCCAGUAAUUUUAAGAUGCUCUCACAUAUUUGUGUGUAUGUGGCUCAAUUUAUAUCAGGAAACCAAGUGGAGAAUUUAGAGUGUUUUUUAUUUUUGUAUCUGAAUGUUGUGUGUAUGUGCUGUAAUGUUGUUCAGUCUUUUGUUUUAUGCACAGGUGUGGUUUACACCCACAGGCUGUGGUCUGUAUGACAUAUCUUUUUAAAUCAAAUUGUAUUUACUAUUAACAAUGUACAUACCCAGGCAUUGAAUUUCGGGUGGGGUGGUUAAGGAUCCUGCUGGAACCGUGAAACAUGGUGUAAUCUUGAUGUUUUGGUAUUCCAUCCUGUAUGUUAUGCGUCUGACCCAAAAUCUGUCAUUUCUGGAAGCACAUAAUCCUGAUAAUUUGCAGCUCCGUGCAGUUUUCCCAUUUUAUUUUCAUACAAAACUGUUAAUAUAAAAUGGAGGACCAAAGGCAAAUAAAAAGUUAUGGGUCACACGAGUUCAAUAGUAAGCUUCAGUGGUCAUAUUUUCGGGUUUUAUAUAUUUAUUACCAUUGCCUGACACCCAAUGGCCGAUUUGUUUUUCGUGCUGGGGUGUCGUUAAACAUCCAUCCAUCUAUUCUCGGGUUUUUCCCAUGUCCCCAAAUAGUGCACCAUGUCUGGUAUAUCAUCGGCCAUGGUAUGCACUGUUCUGUCUAUGGGAAAGUGUAUAUAGCGGAUCUCAAGGCCAUACAAAAUGAAGCCCAUGGAUUUAAAAGUGGGGAAUGUUGCCGUAUGGAAAAUGUUGCCCAUGUAUUUUUCACCAGAGGUCAAUGUUUUUUAUCUUAUUUAUUAUUAAAGUACUAAAAGAUAGGAGAAACUUUGUAAUGACAAAUGUUAAAUGUACUAAAGAUGCAAACUGACUUUUUUUUAUAUCCAAGAUUUAAUCAUUUAUUUAUGAAUUCAUAUUACUCCAUGCAUCAGUGAUCAUUUGAACCUUAAUUUGUUUGAUGGUCUUUCCACUAUUGACUUUAUAUAUGUGUGUGUAUUUGUACUUGAUUGUUUAUAGUCUUUUGUGAUGUUUUGAAUGUUUGUAUUUUUGUAAUUACAGUAUAUUUCAAAGCUGCAAUCUCACAUAUAUUUUUUACUAUACUGAUGGAAAGAAUUCACAGUACACAUGAACUUAUUUCACUACUAACAUAGCAAUGUCUGUAUUUUAAAUACAGUUGUUACAUGGUAGUGUGUUUUCAUCUAGCUUGUUUUAGCAUGGUGCAAAACAAAAUGCUUCACUAGUCUAGCACCAUCUUGUGUUAAUCAGUGCCAUGCUGCCCUGAGA